UAGAGAGACAGGGAAGAUUAAUUUCUUGUGCAGCUACGAUCGCCCCUUCAAGAAACACAAAAAGUUUCAGCCAAAAAAAAAAAAAAAACACAGAAAGUUAACGCAACGGUGUCUGAUGAAGCAGUAGCCAGAGGAUGAUCGAGGACGUCGUCGACCAUCCUAAUUGGUCAUCAUCCCUUUGCUGCAGCUAAUGAAAACCCAGAAUGAACGGCCGUAUCAACGGUGAAGUCGUGGCACAUAUAGAUCGUCGACUGACUUUCUAUCAGUGGUUAUUACAAGUCGGCGUGAUCCUCUGGGAUACUCAUGACAACAAUGGUGAGCAAUAUUGUCUUGGAGUGGGAGACGACUUUAGGGCGGUUUUCAGGCCCAUUGUAAAGCAUUUACAAAAGCUACAUGAUAAAGGCCAAUUCAACGGCAACCUUAUAGCAUCUAUCCGGAUCCGUUCACAAAUUGUUGGAAAUAACCCUGAACGUCGAAUCUUUGAAGUGGAGUUCACUGGAGAUAUGAAUUUUGGAGGUGAUAAUUUCGAAAUUGGUUUAAGGAGGGAUUUGCAAGAUCUUGAACAUCUUGUCAGAUCAGCGACAGCAGCAAUGCCAGAGGGGAAUCGGCCUGAUUCGUUGAAACUUUAUCUUCUUCCAGUUUUUCGGAGAUAUGUUUUCCAAGGGAACAUAAGGGAGGAAGGUCGUUACUUUAUCUACUUCAACCCUCUGUUUUACGAUGGUGCUGACAGGAAUCGUCUAUACCAUAAAGUAUGGGAACUGCGUCGUAGAAGUGACGCUGAGUUUCAGCGUCAUGUGACUCUGGCUAGUCAAGAAACUUCAAUGAUUCACUGGUACCAUAGGAUUCCAUGCUACUUUGACGCCUACGGCAUUCCGACGCUGUAUCAACACCCGCUCUGGCAUGUUUAUAGAAAUAGAUCCUCCCCCCAUUCCACAUAUGCAACAACUCCUAGUAUAAUUCGGUACUUGAGAAAUGCCACCCAUCACUACCAAGAUUAUUUGGAGCAUUAUCAUCACAGGUCAAUGACCAGCUAUAUAGAUUGUUCCCGGAUGCAUGUCCCAAAAUCUUCUUUGAGAUAGUGAAAAAUUUUCGAGGCGAAAAUGGACGCAGAUACUUUGGGAUCGAUUUGGUGACUUUUCUAAAAGAUGGGCCGUUUGGUUUCACCUAAUGAAAUAAGGCAGAGGAUAUGAUAAACUAUACUAGUGUUAUUGGAAGGUAUAUGUUAAUACUUCCAGUCAAACUACUUCAAUGUUGCUGGAGCUUGUAAAUAUCUUAUUUUCAGUAAACAAUAAUAAAUAAAUAAAUAACUUCUUCUUAUGUGAACUGCGCUCGCGCGUGCCAAAGGGCCGCGCUCGCUCGUGCGUAGAAUUGUUUUUAUCUACUACGUACUAGCCUUUCUGCGAGCGCGCGCGUGCGUAGAAUUGUUUUUAUCUACUA